AUGUACGGCGACCUUGGUAGCAAGCUAGUUCUCGAGGCCAAGAGAGCCCAACAGCUGAGUCAGAGUUCUGGCUCUGACCAGUUGCCGUUGUACCAAGAUGAUCUUGUAAGGAAUAUCUUAAGAGAAAUAGCACACUUGAAGAAGAACGCCGAAAUUCUCAAGUCGCAACAAGAGCUGGAAAAUUUCGACAAUAAGGUUGCGAAGUGUCAGUAUUUCGUUACUUUGCUCUGCAUGGAGCGCAAUAAAAGAUGUUUACUUGCGUACCAAAAACUUCGAAGCGAUGCGUUGGACGCAGCUGCGUGGAACAGGAACGGGCUGGACGCGAUGUCCUCACUUAACACUGCCAAAGACGGUAGCACUAAUCUCUCGCACCAUGAGCAAGAGUACCUAAAAGACUAUGUCCAGCUCAUCACUGAUAUGAAAAGUGGAGAUUACACAGAUAUUGACUUAUCUGGCAGCCUCACUCCGCCCAGCGAUGUGUUCAUAGACGUGAGAGUGCUUAAAGAUGCAGGCGAGAUUCAGACCGAAUACGGUGUAUUCAAUCUGAUCAAGGACUCACAAUUUUUUGUUAGACAAGCCGAUGUUGAGAGACUUAUUCAGCAGGGAUAUUUACAGAAACUUUAG